GCCAAUCAGCAAGCUCCAUGCCCACUGACAUCACGAAGCAGCCAGUUCCCUCCAGCUGCAGAGAGCUUCAGUUUGUCUUCUUUUUUUUUUAAACUAAAAUGGAGGCUGGUUUCUUGCCUUAAGGAGUACAGCGCCCUUCCCGCUGGAGCCUAGAUGUUGACAUGUAAUAAGGCGGGCAGCGGGAUGGUGGUGGAUGCGGCCAGCUCCAACGGGCCUUUCCAGCCCGUGGCCCUUCUCCACAUUCGAGAUGUUCCUCCUGCGGAUCAAGAGAAGCUUUUCAUCCAGAAGCUUCGUCAAUGUUGUGUCCUCUUUGACUUUGUUUCUGACCCACUGAGUGACCUGAAGUGGAAGGAAGUAAAGCGAGCUGCAUUGAGUGAGAUGGUAGAAUAUAUCACCCACAACCGGAAUGUGAUCACAGAACCCAUUUACCCAGAGGUCGUCCACAUGUUUGCAGUUAACAUGUUUCGAACCUUGCCACCUUCCUCCAAUCCUACGGGAGCAGAAUUCGACCCAGAAGAAGAUGAACCAACGUUAGAAGCAGCCUGGCCUCAUCUGCAGCUUGUUUAUGAAUUUUUCUUAAGAUUUUUAGAGUCUCCAGAUUUCCAGCCCAAUAUAGCAAAGAAAUAUAUUGAUCAGAAGUUUGUAUUACAGCUUCUAGAACUCUUUGACAGCGAGGAUCCUCGGGAGAGAGAUUUUCUAAAAACUACCCUUCACAGAAUCUAUGGGAAGUUCUUAGGUCUGCGUGCUUACAUCAGGAAACAGAUAAAUAAUAUAUUUUAUAGGUUUAUUUAUGAGACAGAGCAUCACAAUGGCAUAGCAGAAUUACUGGAAAUACUGGGAAGUAUAAUUAAUGGAUUUGCCUUACCACUAAAGGAAGAGCACAAGAUUUUCCUGUUAAAGGUGUUGCUGCCCUUGCACAAAGUGAAAUCUCUGAGUGUCUACCAUCCCCAGCUGGCGUACUGCGUUGUGCAGUUUUUGGAGAAGGACAGCACCCUCACUGAACCAGUGGUAAUGGCUCUUCUCAAAUACUGGCCAAAGACUCACAGUCCAAAAGAAGUAAUGUUCUUAAAUGAAUUAGAAGAAAUUCUAGAUGUAAUUGAACCAUCAGAAUUUGUGAAGAUCAUGGAGCCUCUUUUUCGACAGUUAGCCAAGUGUGUUUCCAGCCCUCACUUCCAGGUGGCCGAGCGGGCGCUGUAUUACUGGAACAAUGAGUAUAUCAUGAGUUUAAUUAGUGACAACGCAGCGAAGAUCCUGCCCAUCAUGUUUCCAUCCCUGUACCGCAACUCGAAGACCCACUGGAACAAGACAAUACACGGCUUGAUAUACAACGCCCUGAAACUCUUCAUGGAGAUGAACCAAAAACUCUUUGAUGACUGUACCCAGCAGUUCAAAGCAGAGAAACUGAAAGAGAAGCUAAAAAUGAAAGAGCGAGAAGAAGCAUGGGUUAAAAUAGAAAAUCUAGCCAAAGCGAAUCCCCAGUAUGCAGUGUAUAGUCAAGCCAGCGCCAUGAGCAUUCCGGUGGCAAUGGAGACAGAUGGGCCUCAGUUUGAAGAUGUGCAGAUGCUGAGAAAGACAGUGAGCGACGAGACUCGUCAGGUAAAAGUUGGUCGGGAGAAAAGCAGUGUCUACCACGCAAGUCAGGAAGGUGUAGAGACGGAAGGCAGGCAGCAGGCACAGAAAGAUCCGAAGAAGGACCGUCCCCUUGUGCGCCGCAAGUCCGAGCUGCCUCAGGACCCCCACACCGAGAAAGCCUUGGAGGCUCACUGCAGAGCCAGUGAGCUGCUCUCCCAGGAUGGGCGCUAGCCUGUGGAGCAGCACGUCCGAGUUGGGCCUGUCAGUUCUCUUCUGGAUGCUGUAGAAAAGCUGUACUGUUUGUGCCAUACCAAUCAGCUACUCUCAAAGUCAAAGCUCCCUCCGACCCAUUCUGUGGGCAGUAAUGUUCAGCUGCCUCAGCUUGAGAUAGGAGUUCAAACAAUGGUGGCUUCUCUGGCCCUGCUGGCUAAGCCAGGGGUUGAUGACAGUGUUGUCACCAUGAUGUCACCUCCCCAGCCUAGCCCUGAGUAAGACUGUGUCCCAAAGUCAGAGCUGUAGGAAAGCACCCUAGUUGUCUUCUCGUCUCACCCAAGUGGACCCUGUGCGCCUGCGAAGUAGGUAGUUCUAUGGUAACACCAUGGUUUUCAAAUCAAAGGAACACUUUAGAAGGCAUCGCCUCCUUUUUUAAGGCUUUACAACCUUUGACACAUUUCCACAAUUUACUGUUCCAACAGCUAGUGUUUGUUGGUUAAACCUCAUAGAAAUGGCUCUUUGCUUUCACAUUCUAUCUGCCUACUAGGCAAAUAGCCGACAUCCUCAGCGCUGGGACCUCCCAAGGUGUUUCUUUCCUUUGAUGAAUGGCAUACACACUGUGUCAUGCUCCCCUUCAUGUCUACCGAAAGCCAUAUUUCCUAGUCUGUGGUAGAGGCCAGGGUUCCACCUAAGCUCAGAGAGGCAAGCUCUGAGAAGUGCUUUCUCAGUUCACCUUGACUAGAAUCACAGUGUUGGAAUUAUGUGUUCAUAUUAAUUUACAGAAUCAGUUUUUCAUCUAGUUACACAUUAUCCUUCAACAAGGCUUUUGAAUUGAUAAAAUUGUCGGAUCUAAGAAUUCCACAUUGGUAGAACAUGACAAUAAUUAAGCCACUUGGCCUACUGCAAACUGCAUCCGCCUUUGGGCGUUGUGCAGGCUGUGCUGUUAGGGUGCCCUCGGUGAGCCUUUCUGUUAAAAAAGCACACAUUACCAAACUCAUAAGGAAAAGUGCAACGUCUGUGUUUCUGCCCAUCUACACAUGCUGCUACAGGCUUCCCAGACUUCUUGCAUGGAUUAAGCUUCUGUUUUAGGUGGAAUAGCACGAGGAGAAAAAUCCUUAAACUUAGCGCUUUGUCUGUUCUUUAUUUCUCUCAGGGUGGCCAGUAUUUUACUAUCCUGCUUGAAAGCUAUGUGAGCUGUGUACCGCUACUCUGAACAGUGGCUACUUUCUUGUGUCUCUGCAUAAAAAUGACUUAGUGUUAAAUGUCUUGAUGCAUAAGAGGUAACACGUGGCUUCUUUUAAAAUCUGUUUUUUUAAUUGUGGUCUCGGGUAUCCAUGGGGAAAAAAAAAAGAGAUUGCUCUCAUGUGGCCAUAGAACCUGUCCUGGGUCUCCUUGGCUCGCUGCUGAUGCUCACUCGACACAGCAGGAAAGGCAGGCAUCUGCAGGGAGGGGAGAGCCUGCCGGACACAAAACGGAAAGGUGGCCCCAGCUGUAGGUGGACAGGCUGGUUGCUUGGGUGAGAAGAACACUUCCUGAGAAACUUGACAAGUAUCUAUCCACUUUACCAUUAUGAAAUCUAUCAUUUAAAAUAAAAAGUUGAGAUGCCUUCUCCUUUUGAGGGAAAAAGGGUGCUUUUAUUGUCUAAAGCAGUGUCUAUGUAUUUUGAACCCCAUUGUUUGAACUCUCGUCUUUAGCUGGUAGAGUCUCAGAUGGCCCCGAUGUGGGGUGUUCCAUAUGUGGGGAGAGGUCCCGGGAGACUCUUGCCCUGCGUGGAACGCAAGCUAUCAGCGUCCGGGUGAUUGUUCAAAGCUCAGCACAGAAGAACAUCAGCUGGUCUAGGUUUAUUUCUGCUCUUUAUUGAAGACAGACUUCACCAAUAAGGAAGGGAAAAAAAGCAUUUUAAGAGAAACUAAUUUUCUUUGACAAAAGUAUUACUCAAUAUUUUGGCCUAUUAAAGUUUCCCUAGUUAGUACUUGGGUUCCCUGUGCUAAUUGCUCAACUUAUAUAUUGUUAUAGAGACACUGUUGGUUCUGUACCAAACUGGUUUCAAAAAAAAGUACCACGUUGAAAAUAAAUGGACGACUGUUUUUCUUCCUAAGACUCUAAGUUUGGCACCUUCACUCUUUCCAAAUUGUAUCUGUGCGCCAGAGAUGUCACAGUUCCAAGUGUCUUUCUAGUGUGGCUUUGUAUGGCUUCCUUUGAACAUUGUACAUACAUUGUAUCUUUGUUUUAUGGUAAUAAGUAAUAAAAAUGUAGACUUCGUAUUUUGUACAAAAUGUCCUAUGUACAGAAUUUAAAAAAGUUCAUAGAAACAGCAAAAAUAGGUAAGUGGCACAGUUAUUUUUCUUUAGAAAAUAUCUGUAACUUUAUGCGUUAGUGAAAUGUUAAGUACCAACAUAUUUUUUAACAUUUUGUAAUUCAAAACUUUUUUUGUUUUGACAUUGUUUAUGAAGAAAGACUUCAUGCACUUGCCAUUUAAUAUGCUCUUUUAUCUGAUUUUAAAGACCUCUUUAAAAUGGUGUAUUAUAUGGACUAAAUAAAGAACAUGUGAAUUUUAUCGUU